UCAGAUGUCUUGAAUAGAACAGAAGUGCUGGAAAUGGAAAAGGGAAGUGGCAGGAGGUGGACAGUGGAGAGAGAUUUGUCACAAUUGAAGGAGCAUGGCAAGGGCUCUUUUGAUGACCACGAGGUAAUUCGGAUUGUAGGGAAGAACCCUUUCUUGUGGCAUGAUCAUUGGCCUGUGAAGGACUAUGCAAGGAUUUUUGAGUGCCUGUAUUUGACAGAAGAGAUUGCUAAGGAAGUAGACAGGGUUGUGUCUAGGAUUAGAGCUGUUGGAAGAAAGAUAACAGGCAACACUCAAGCAGUGGAAAUGCAGAGCAAUAUCACCGAUGAUGGUCCUUCUUUUCAACCCCUUCCAUAUGUUGCUGUCCACAUGAGGAUAGAAAUUGAUUGGAUGAUUCACUGUAAAAAUUUAGAGCGGCGAUUGAACACGAAUAAAAUCUGCAGUGGCAAGAAAGAGAUAGUGGAAAGAGUCAGGAACAUUGCUGGUUUGAAGACUCCGGUUGUUGUUUAUCUUGCUGUUGCCGAUAAACUCCUCAACAAUUCUUCCAUACUUGAAGGUUGGGAAGAUGGGUUUGUUCCUUUUGAGAAGAAAAAACUUGGUGUCGAUGGAAUUUACAAGAAGUAUCCCUAUUUAAUUCAGUCUGCAAUCGACUACGAAGUGUGUUUAAGAGCUGAUACCUUUGUGGGAAACAGUUUCUCCACAUUUUCAAGUCUUAUAGUUCUUGAAAGAACACAGAAGAUGAUAAGAAUGAAUGGCACCAACUUGUGUGGGGAAAAUGUAAGAUGGCCUUCUUAUGCUUACAACAUACCAGGAACAUCAAAUGGUCCAAAGAGAUGGGUUACAAACAUGUCAGAAUCAAGUCUUCAAUCUAUCAGCUAUGGCACCAAUCACAUCUCUUGUUAACAGUGCCUUGUUUAAUUAAGCAUUCCUGCUUCACACUUUCAGAGUAGAAAGAGCCCCUUUUUGUUGGCUCAACAUUUUCACUUGUGGGCAUGAAUGGCACACUCAAAGGGAAGGAUUUUGAUGUAGAGAAUACACACUUAAGGUACAGUUCUCGUUGUUUAAAUUGAACCCAUUAUUUUGAAACAAAUUUCUCAGUUCUGGCAGGGUUUGGUCGUUAAAAAACGGAAGGGUAGGUUUUGGUUUCUGAAUACGUUGUGUGUGUCUACAGUUAGGGAAGUGUUACUGUUGGUGGAUAGGGUUCACGUGUGGGAGAGGUCUAUAAGUGUAUGCUCCGGACGUGUCUACUUUUGUUGUACAUUUAAGAGAACACAGAGUCUGCUCUUUGGUUAUUAAAGAAAAAAAACGUGGACCCUCAUUUAGUUCUUUCGCAGGAAGUGAAAAAUUCCAUCUUUAGAAACGAUUUUCUGCAAAUGUAGUUGGUGAAAAAAUGAAAAAACUCAGCCCGUAAAAGAAUGAAUUUGAUUUCUCUUGGUAAUGCAACCUGAGAUUCUGACAAGUCCUCCAGACCCAAUUCAUACAUUUCUUUUCCAAAAAGAAUGAAAUAAUAUUUUGC